UUCCCUAUACGCAAACGUCUGCCCAAUGGGUGUGUUUUGGAGCUGCUAUUUAAUCCGCAGCGUCAUCACCGCAAGCGCGAGAUGCUGACUCUGUGCGCGCGAGGCGUUUGUUAACGUUCCUGCAUCGGCACCUGAACGGAAAGCGGAACGGAAACCUAACCUCCCCCCCUGUCUUCCCUCCACCCUGACCCUCAGCAGGAGCGUUUCAUUCCUGAAGGGAGAGUGCAGAGAGCGUGAGGAACAGAGUGGAAGUCUUAGAAAAGUCUUCAGUUAGUUCGUUGCUUUGCCUUUUUUCUUUGUAUAUGUAUUUGUUCGUGCGCGCGGCGGUCUCGCGGAGAAGAGUCACGCGCUAAAUUCAAACAUUCAGACCCGGCUCACGCGCUGCGAGCGCUGGAUGCUGACAUUGUGAACGUCCUUUCUUUUUCGUCCGUGUGUGUGUGUGUGUGUGUGUGUGUGUGUGAGAGAGAGAGAGAGAGAGAGAGAGAGAGAGAAUAAACUCGUAUCCGUCUCUCCCGGUGUCCGACUGUCAUUUCUGAGUCUUCCGUGAACGAAUGGCAGGUUAGCAUCAUUUUUUCCCUCUCAGAAUGUUAUUAGCUGCUGCUAACUGACAAAGCUAAACUUAAAUUCCUUGUUGGAUUACAUACCUGAAAAAGGCGUGUUAGCAUAGCAUUCUAGCUAGCUGGCUGUAGUGUUGAGUGUUAGGAAACUAGGAACUAGCCUUGGCUAACUCAAACGAUUAGCCAGACGGAGAUUACAAUUUCUAAAGAUGCUGCCUAGUAUAUUUUCCUGAAGCUCGUGUCAGGUCGUAAACACACUCCACCAUGGCAUCACCAGUGGACCGGACUUUACUGCUGCUGCUGGUGGUGAUGAUGGUGAUGGUCUCCGGGAUCUCGGUGCUCGCCAGUUCCCCGCAGAACUCCCACGAGAAGCCGAGCAGCGAUCCCAAGACCUCAGGACAUGGAGGAGCUCAUCAGGGCAAUUUGACCAAGAAGAUUUUCCCCGUGUUGGAUUUCGAUUAUGAACACGUCCACAAUCCUUUCGUCAUAUUCCUCUGGAUCCUGCUGGCUUCCUUGAUGAAACUAGGGUUUCACUUGAUCCCGCAGUUGUCCUCGAUUGUUCCAGAGAGCUGUCUGCUGAUCGUGGUGGGUCUUAUAGUAGGCGGGCUCAUCAAGCUCCUGGGCGAGACCCCACCUGUACUCGGUUCCGACCUCUUCUUCCUCUGUCUUCUCCCUCCAAUCAUCUUGGAUGCUGGCUACUUCUUACCCAUAAGGCCCUUCACGGAGAACCUGGGCACCAUCCUCAUGUUCGCUGUGGUGGGCACUCUGUGGAACGCCUUCUUCAUCGGCGGCCUGCUCUAUGGUGUGUGUCAGAUCGAGGGCACUAACCUAGGCACAGUGACUCUGCUGCCCUGCCUGCUGUUCGGGGCCAUUAUCUCCGCCGUGGAUCCCGUGGCCGUCCUGGCCGUGUUUGAGGAGAUUCACAUCAAUGAGCUUCUGCACAUCCUCGUGUUCGGCGAGUCGCUGCUUAAUGACGCCGUCACAGUGGUUCUGUAUCACCUGUUUGAGGAAUACUCAGGUGUGGGCACUGUGACUGUAGGAGAUGUCUUCCUGGGCAUCGUGUCUUUCUUGGUGGUGUCUCUGGGUGGCGUACUGGUAGGCGCCAUCUACGGCAUCCUGACGGCCUUCACCUCCCGUUUCACCUCCCACACGCGCGUUAUCGAGCCGCUAUUCGUCUUCGUCUACAGCUACUUGGCGUACCUGUCAGCUGAGGUGUUCCACUUGUCCGGCAUCAUGGCACUGAUUGCGUGUGGCGCUGUAAUGCGGCCCUACGUGGAGGCCAACAUAUCCCACAAGUCUCACACCACCAUCAAGUACUUCCUAAAGAUGUGGAGCAGCGUGAGCGAGACGCUCAUCUUCAUCUUUCUCGGGGUGUCCACAGUGGCCGGGACUCACAGGUGGAACUGGACGUUUGUCACAGUGACCGUAAUCCUGUGCAUGGUGGCUCGCGUUCUUGGGGUCAUCGGUUUGACCUUCGUGAUCAACAAAUUCCGCAUAGUAAAACUCACCACCAAGGACCAGUUCAUCAUUGCGUAUGGCGGACUGAGAGGAGCAAUCGCUUUCUCGCUGGUCUACCUGCUCAAAGAGGAUCACUUCCCUAUGAGGAACAUGUUUGUCACAGCUGUCAUCACAGUCAUCUUCUUCACUGUCUUUGUGCAGGGGAUGACCAUUCGUCCUCUGGUGGACCUGCUGGCCGUUAAGAAGAAGCAGGAAGCCAAGCGAUCCAUCAACGAGGAGAUCCAUACCCAGUUUUUGGACCACCUGCUGACCGGUAUCGAGGACAUCUGCGGACACUAUGGACAUCAUCACUGGAAGGACAAGCUGAACCGCUUCAACAAGAAGUACGUGAAGAAAUGCCUGAUAGCAGGCGAGCGCUCUAAAGAGCCCCAGCUCAUCGCCUUCUAUCACAAGAUGGAAAUGAAGCAGGCCAUCGAGCUGGUGGAGAGUGGGGGAGGAGCUAAACUACCAUCUGCCAUGCCAUCCACCGUGUCCAUGCAAAAUAUCCAGCCCAAGAAACCUCCAGAGAGAAUGCUGCCUCAGUUAUCAAAGGGCCAAGAGGAGGAGAUCCAGAAGAUUCUACGCAACAACCUGCAGAGGACACGGCAGAGAUUGCAGUCCUAUAACAGACACACGCUGGUGGCUGACCCGUUCGAGGAUGGCUUUAAGGAGCUUAUAAUCAAGAGGAAGAGGAUAAAGGAUUUGGAGAAGAAGCUUUCUCAGAUGAAUAAUUACCUCACCGUUCCAGCUGCACCUUCUGAUUCUCCCACCAUCGCCAGAUCAAGACUGGCUUCUGACCCUCAGGCCUGGAGCAUAAAGCCGGCAAACAAAGACAUCCCAGCUAUUAAAGUGGACCUGGCUUCACCUCAAAGCCCAGACUCACUCACCAUGUUGGACGAGUUUGGCAAGGCAACGGGGCAAGACCCAGCCGAGGAGGAGGAGGGGCUAGUGAUGCGGCGAAAGAAAGACGACAGAACGGGAGAGCAAGGAGAGCAAGAAGAUGCGAAAGAGCAGCGACUCCUCCGCUGCCUGAGUGACCCCGGCCCUGCCAUCGACGAGGAAGAAGAGGAUGAGCCCUUCCUCCGCUGAUGGAAAGAGAUGCAUGUGACUGGCUAUAUGCCUGUUUUAUUAGCAGUGACACUAUCAUUCUGAAAGAUGGCUGGGGGCGUUGAGAAUUUGUUUUAACACGGCACUGUCUUACAAACAGAAUUUUGUCCGUUCUUCUUUUGGGGGAGCGGGAGUUGGGGGGGUUGGGUUGAGGAUUACUGAACUUUAAGCCAAAAUGAUAACUCAUAAGAGAAAAGUCAAUGAACCAAAAAAAGAAAAAUCACAACGAACGGGAGGGUCAAAAAAAAAUAAGAAGAAAAAUAGCCAUUAUUUUCUAGCGUUGUCUUUCUUGUCAAAGGAAAGUGAGGGGUUUUUGGAGUGGGCGAGGGGCAGAUGAACUAUGCAUUACCAAAGGUUCACACUGUUGUAGUCCAUGACUAGAGUUCUUUUUUUUUGCCUUAUUUUUUUAAUCAUUGAUGAAUUUAUUGCUUUUGCGAGAUGAAAUAGUCACCUAGUGCAUUGAAUCAUAAAGUGGAACCCUUUGUUUUUCAGGAGCAAUAUCAAACUAAGGGCACAUGAUGGCCUUUCUCAUCUAAAUCAGUCACCUGGUCCAGUCCCAGCUCUGAUUUUAGAGAGUGUAUUUGCCUGUAUGUUUAUGCUUCUCAUUCGUCACAUUGUAACUGUUUAAUACUACAGCAGGUAUUAUUUGGUGCAUCAGAUAAUUGAACGGUCAGAUAGUAAUAACUCACUGCAUGAAACCUAGUGAAAGGUAAAUAUGAAAAUAUCUCCAUGCGUGGAGUUAAAAUACAGGUUUUUUUUUUAUAGGAAAUGCACUAUAACCACAGAGAGAUUGCAGUCGUCACAUUUAUUGAAACCAGAUUCUUCAUCUUAUUCCUGGGUGUUUGACUUCUAUGGUUAUGUGCUUUAUGUAUCUUUAAAUUUGUGCUAAUACUUUAUGAAAUACUUGACUUUUUUUUUUUCCCAUGCAAACCCCAUAACCUUUAAAUGCACUUCAGCGCUUUUGACCAACAUGUCUGAAUAUAUAUACACUCACGGCUCACUUUAUUAGGAAUUCUUAAACCUGCACAUUUAUGCAGUUAUCCAGUCAGCCAUGUAUGUGGCAGCAGCACAAUGCAAAAAAUCAUGCAGAUGCAGGUCAAGAGCUUCGGCUAAUGUUCACAUCAAACAUCAGAAUGGGGAAAAAGUGUAAUCUCUGUGACUGUAACCAUGGCACGGUUGUUGCUGCCAAAUGGGCUGGUUUGAGUAUUGCAGAGUACUGCUGAUAUCCUGCGAUUUUCACACACAACCGUCUCUAGAGUUUAGACAGAAUGGUGUGAAAAACAAAAAAAAGCAUCCUGUGAGCAGGGGGUCUGCAGACUGAAACACCUUGUUGGUGAAAGAGAUCAGAGGAGAAUGACCAGACUGGUCUAAGCUGACAAGAAGUCUAUAGUGACUCAAAUAAGCACUCCUUACAAGCGUGGUGAGCAGAAAAGCAUUUUAGAACAUACGAUACAUCAAAGCUUGAGGUAGAGUUAGGUGAGCUACAAAAGCAGAAGACAGACGAAUCUGAGAUCAUGGGCACAGACUCACCCAAACUGAACAGCUGAGUUCUUCAACUAUCCAGUUUCAGUGAGUACUGUUCUUGAGUGACAGGAGUGGAACCUGAUAUGGUCUUCAAGGAUUGAUGUUUUGUGCAUGCUGAGAUGCUUUUCUGUUCUCCACGGUUGCAAAGAGUGAUUAUUUGAGUUACUAUUUCUUUCCUGGCAGCUUGAACCAAUCUGGCCAUUUUCCUCUGACCUCUCUUAUGAACAAGGCAUUUCCACCCAGAGAACUGUCGCGCACUCAAUUUUUUUUGCACCAUUCUGUGUUAACUCUAGUGUGUGAAAUUCCCAGGAGAUCAGCAGUUUCUGAAAUACUCAAACCAGCCCAUCUGACACCAACAUCCAUGCCACAGUCACAGAGCACAUUUUUCUUCAAACGCAUGAAUGUACAGGUGUACAGGUUUUCACAUAUACACGAAACUUUUCAACUUGGUGAAUGUAAGUUACUCGCUACUCAUAUUUUCUGUCUAGUCAGGGUGGUCUAGUUUCUUUGUCCCAAAUUGUUGCUAGUCUGAAAAGACUGUGGUGGAUUUGGUUUGGAGAAUCUUGCAUUUACUUCCCUUAUACGUCCCUGAAUGCUCUACAAGGUUGGGAUUUCUUAUAAACUAUGCAGUAGGGCAGUACAUGCAGAUGGCUUUCACUUGGGUCCAUUUGGUUUCUCCCUUUAAAACAUCAGUACCGCUGUGCAUCACUGCGAGUCCUUGACCUGAACAAGACACUUUGGGCACUAAAUAUGUCUGAUUUAUGGGUGUGUGACAUUUUCAAACAAGACUAAAGAUCUCAGUAGCUAUUCUGCAUGCAGAGUAGACUAGAAUUAUUUUAACAUGAGGUGUAUAAAUAAAUUAUAUAUUUUACAUGAAACAUAUAAAUAUAUGCUAAUCUAUUUGUCUGCUGUAUCUCCUGAAGUAUUACUGUUGUAGUUUGGACACCUUGUCAGUCUGUUCAUCAGUCUUGUCCUUGCUGGGCUUUUUUUUUUUUUUUUUUUUUUAUAAAUAUAAACUCUUUGGUUUUAAGGUCCAUGCUGGUUCAAGUACCAAAAAGUCCCCUCUUUAGAGCUAUCUGAAUUUGCUUGCGCAUGUCAUAGAUUUGACGUCGGAUCAUGAUGCUGGUCAAGCCUGGUGAAAGGAGUUGUCACUUAGUGUAGUGUGUAAAGAUAGGCCACUGACCCAGCAGGUUGUAAAUUCAAGCCUUGCUCAAAAAAAAUAAAUAAAUAAAUUCGAAGUAACUUCGAAGACUGGGCAAAAGACCAUUUUUAGGACGGUUUUAGAUUAGGCUAACAUGUGGAGUGGAAUCCAAGAAAGAUCAUGGCAGCAGACAUGUCCAGAAAAGGUGUUUGAGCUCUGUUACAGGUUCUCAGUUAUCUUCUCAUAUCCAGGUAUGUGGACUCCACUCCCAGAUGAGGCUCUUAUUACAUGUUUAGAGAUUAUUUUAUGUUUAUUUACCACUCAAAUCUUUUAUAGGCAGAACCUCACUGCUGUCACAGUAGUUUAACCGUAGUGCGAUCGAUAAUGCUAACGUGGGGUUUUUUUGGUACAGAUACACAGUAGUAUUCACAAAAUUGUCCUGUGUAAUUCUAAUGAUUGACCAGUGAACUGAUUCUGUAGAUCAUCUGCCAUCAAGGUGAGGACAUUUCGGCAUCUGUCAAAAGUGCAUAUCUUGUGUUGAUUUCAAUGAGACUGAUGCACUGCGGUUGUGAUUACACUCCAGUGUGCAUUUAAAAGGAUGAGAGUUGAACUUGUAAUGGAACAUACUUGUUGAAACAGAGGCUCUGCUCAAGACAAUCCCUGAUUGGCUAACUUUAAUAGUCACAUGGGGAGAAAAAAUGCAGAUCUCAUCCUCCACAUAAGCCCACAACAAAAUCAGCAAUGCAUAUCAAUGGAUUGUCUGGCAAAUGUCAGAAUGUCCUUAUGAAAUUAAUUUUAAGAUUAAAGAUGGUAAGAUUUUUUUUCCAUGAUUUGUAUUUUCCAAAAAAUGGGGCCUUCCUUUUUUUUUUUUUUUUUUUUUUUUUUUUUUUUUAAAAAUACUUUUAUGACCUUAACACUUUUGUUUAUUAUUAUAUUUUUGAUUUGUCAUUUUUGCUGUUGCUGGAGUUUGCCAGUCAUAUCUCGCAUACGCAAAUUCAAAGCAAUUUAACUUUGUAUCACGCAUUUUUAGCCAUUGUGCAUCGUGUAUAUAUGAACCGCUGUGUCUGUGGAUUAUUCUUCUUGAUCAGAAAUGGUCUAGACACAAAGUGAAGGACCAGGACAGAACGUGGCAGCUCACUGUGUGCAUGUACGUGUCCCUUGGAUAGAUAAUCCGGUGUGGUGAUUGUGGCACUGUCCCCUGCUGAAUGAAUCCUUCUUGGACUUGAGGUUAUGUAGGUAAUAAUUCACCACUGCAGUGAUAGCCUUACAGUGUAACAUCUUUUAUCUAACAAUUUAUUUUUAUCAAACUAGCAAUCUACGCACUCUUGUCAUAACACUGGUGUAAUGCAAGCCAACUAGUUAUACAUAAAAGCCAUAUUAGGUUGCCAGAUGACAUUUUCCAGUGAUAACACUAGCUAGCUAUUUAGUCACAAAUUAUUUUCAACAGUUUCCCCAUUUCAGUUUAUGAUUAAACGAUAUCAAAUUUGCAUUUAUUUGGAAUUAGGUACAUAAGAAUGUUAACCGCUCAAGCUUUGUGCAAGCCAUACAGAUGAUUUGAGCUAACAACUGUGAUAUCACUGUGGCAGGACACUCAGCAGGAGGGCACAGCUAACAGCUACAGUCUCCACACCAUAAGCAACAUCUGACAUUUUGUUGAAUUCUUGCUUUCCUUCGAUUGCUAUUAGCCAAAAAUCAUCUCAUUGUCAUCUUUCUCCUAAACAGAGGAACUGAUUCAGGGUUUUAGAGUAGGACUGAACUGUACUGUAGCUUGUGUAACGUGAUCCUGUAUCAGAUUUUUAUUGCUUUUUAUUACAUAUAGGAAACUGAUUUGAUAACUGUACCUGUUUGAAAAUCAUGUGCAUGGUAAUGAUGUAUACAGUAUACCCAGAAAGGCUGUUUUAUUAGUUUAGACUGAAAAGCAGAUUCAGAUGUGCUUUACAUUUUUUUUUUCAUUCUCUUCACUGGCAACUCAAACAUCAAGACUGUACCUUUACGAACAUUCCUGUUCAACACAGCAAUAACUGCGAUGGGUUAAUGGUUUUGCUUGUGUGUCAUUGGUUCUCAUAGUUUUUAUCAAAACAGGAAGUGACUCCUGUCAUUUUCAUCAGGAAAGAAAAAUGAUUUCUCUUUGCUUCUUGCUGUGUAAUUUUUAAAUAGGCAUGUGCUGAUAAAUUUCCUGUCAUUAUAAUUGUCUAUGCUUUUAUUGCAGUCUACAAAUCUAACAUGAUAUAUCAUGUCAGCCAUUUUGUUGUACUAAAUUUCAGGAUAUGUGUGAUGCUACCUUUAAAUAAAAGACAUUUAGAAAGCUGCUGUCUUGAAGCUGCCUUCUGAAUGGGACAGACUUUAUGUUGGGAGCACUCAGGCCUAAAAACAUAUUUCAACACAAACGCAUGAACAUCAUGGUUUAUUGUAUAAUCAAUUAUCAGCACAUGUCUAGUUCAAAUCUCAGCAGUGUUUUUAUUCCAAAUAUUUUGCAUGUCUGUAUCUUGAGUGUGCAGAACUUUAAUUAGGGAAACACGUGUUCUUUAUAUUUUUGUUGUCCUUUAUGAGCCUCUAGGAUUUAAAAUGGAGAGAGAUGUUCAUCUGAGAUGUUCAUUCGUUCAUCUUCUGGUGUUGUGCACACUCACAUUCCUAUCCUCUGUUUUAUGGUGUAUUGUUCAAACAUGUUUGACACACAUCAUUGCCUUUGUUUCUUUGUCAAUUUUGUAACUAAUCUAUUAUUUUAAGACGAUGACGAUGAUUGAUGCAAUAAAAAUUAUUUUAUAUACAAGUCAACAUGUACAUAUAAUGAAGAUAUUAAAAUGCUAUACGUCAGAGUUUAUUUAAAACAAAAACACUAUAAACACAUGUCCAGUGUAACAUCGCUUCAGCCUCCUUUACCUUUCUGAACGAAUGUCAGAACAGCUGUGAUCCAAUGCAAACAAUGAAACAAUAAAGUUUUCAUGGAAUAAACAUAAA